GGAUCUCACUAAUUUAUCUACCAUAGUUAUCGCCGUGAUUCUCGAGCCUUCCAUGAAAAAUUUCUAUAUAUAAAAUUCAUUAUCGCACCUCUCUCUCUCUCUCCUACUGUGCGCAUUUAAAAAUCUAGAGAAUCGAAAAAAUCUUUCGAAAAUCGAUAAAUCGCCCGCUUGACAAAAGUCUCUCGAGACAGAAAGAGAGAAAGAAAGAGAUAUCGCCGGGCUUAUUAUUAUCUCUGAAAACCGGCCGCGCGCGCACAAACUAUCUCCUUGCGCACGGCCGAGCGCUAUCGCACUUACGAUCGUUCUCUCCUUCACAAACGCGCCUCUCACUCCUAUACAGAUAUACAACGGCUGGCAAGAUAGUCGCCGAGUUUCCCGAGUGCGUCUAUAUGCGCGCGCGAAAACCGGAGGCGCCGAAUAUAACGUAUCGGAGCGCAUUAGCCGCUCAGUCGGAACGUCGUCUCCGUCGCGGGCAGACGGCGGUGACGCGCACCUUUUUUCUAUAUACUCCUUCCCCUCUUGCGCGUCUGAGUUUCAAAGUCGCUGCUGCGGUUGAUGCAUCAGCAGUGCGUGUACACAUCGUCUUAUACCGAUCGCUCGAGGAUAUAUAGUUUGUGCUGUGCGGAAGUGAUUUUUCCCUUUUAAUUAUAUAUAUAUAUAUAUGCGGCCCAGGUGCCGUCGUUGCCUCUUGAAUGGACGCGCUAAACGGAAAUCGAGAGAUCGCGAUGCACAGCAGCAUCGGCAACGAUGAUCAAUAACUGAGGGUCAGUGCACGUACGCAUACCGAUCAAGAGCGAGAACCAAAGAACGAGCCAUAGACAAUGGAAUCGAAGGACCCGUCGACGGCAAACGGCCACUUGGGUAUCUUGAAAUCGGUUCGAUUGAAGCUGGACCUGUCGGCCGUAGUGAAGCUCGACAUAAAGAAAACCUCGCCGGACUCGUCCUCUUGUCCUCGAAGCCCGACGUCGCCAUCGCGUUCCAACCAGCUCAACUUGACGUUCGCCGAUCUCAGCUACUGCGUGAGAAGCGGUUUGCUGUCCAGAGAGAGAAAAAAAGUAUUAUCCAACGUGAACGGCGAUUUCAGGCCAGGCGAAUUGACGGCGAUCAUGGGCCCGUCCGGAGCCGGGAAAUCGACGUUGAUGGACAUUCUGGCAGGUUACACAAUGUCGGGGGUGACGGGGUCAGUGCGCGUGAACGGCCAUCCUAGGGAUCAAUCGGCAUUCAGACGAUCCUCUGCGUACAUUAUGCAGGACGACAACCUGCAGCCGCUGCUCACAGUCCAGGAAGCCAUGGACAUUGCCGCCGAUCUCAAACUCGAGUCUUCUCUUUCCAAUAAGAAGCAGAUCGUAAACAUGAUCCUGCAAGAGAUGGGUCUAUGGGCUUCGCGUACAACCCUGUCCGGAAAACUCAGCGGUGGUCAGAAGAAACGACUGGCCAUCGCGUUAGAAUUAAUAAGCAACCCACCGAUCAUGUUCUUCGACGAGCCGACGAGUGGUCUGGACAGCGUAUCGUCCCGACAAUGCAUCGGUCUUUUGAAGUCCCUCGCGAGGGAAGGUCGAACCGUCGUGUGCACGAUCCAUCAGCCGAGUGCGACUCUCUUCGACAUGAUCGACCACCUCUACGUCGUUGCCGAAGGCCAGUGCGCCUACGCCGGCGGAGCGAGGAAUCUUGUGCCAUACUUGAACAGUCUUGGUCUCCACUGCCCGACGUACCACAAUCCUGCGGAUUACAUGCUCGAGGUGCUGAACGGCGACUACGGCUCUCACCUUCCACGUCUGGUGAGCAGCGCGGAGAACGGCUGUAAUCAUCUCUGGCGAAGCGGCAGCAAAUCUUGUCAAUCACCCCCGGCGAUUUUUGAGCGGAAACUCCAGGAGUUGGCCUCGUCGAAGCUCGAUGUCACGCCGCGACUACCUCUUCCCGCGACUCCUAUCUUCUACGAGUGCGAGGCCAAGGGCUCAGCGUACUAUGCUACCGGUUCCUGGCGACAGCUCUGCGUUCUGCUCAAGCGCAAUGCGUUACGGCUCUCUAGAGACAAGGUUCUCACCUUCACGCGUCUGGCGAUGCACAUAAUCGUCGCGUUCCUCGUAGGCAUUAUAUUCUACAAAAUCGGCCAGGACGCAGCCUACGCGCUGGACAACUUCAAUCUGCUCUUCUUCAGUAUGAUGUUCCUAAUGUUCAGUGCCUUCAACGCUACUCUCAUCACGUUUCCAGCCGAGUUACCGAUCCUCACGCGGGAGCACUUCAACCGCUGGUACAAACUUCACUCGUUUUACAUGGCGAACAAACUGGCGGAUCUUCCGGUGCAGAUAGCCGCGGCCUCGGCUUACACCCUCAUCGUCUACUUCAUGAGUGGUCAGGUACCAGAACUCAAGAGGCUCGGCUUGUUCGUUUUGAUGUGCAUACUGGUCAGUCUGGUCGCUCAGACGAUUGGUCUCAUCAUCGGCACUAGUCUCAGUCUUCAUAACGGUGUGGUAUUCGGACCAUUUUUCAUACUGCCAUUCAUGAUAUUCAGCGGAUUCUUCGUGCGACUUUACGACGCCCAUCCUUACUUCCAAUGGCUCUUCCAUACGUCUUUCCUUAAAUAUGGCUUCGAGGGUGUUAUGAUUGCCAUUUACGGGUACAACAGGCCAAGAAUGAAGUGCAUUAAUGCGGAGUACUGUCACUAUGCUUGGCCGAAAAAACUACUUGAAGACGCUGACAUGACGAACUCGGAUUACUGGUUCUCGACGCUAGUCUUGGUCGGUCUUUACAUUGUUUUGGACCUGACUUCUUACUUAGCUCUAAGACUGCAGCUGAAGAAACGACAUUACACGUUAUGAUGACUGCAUGAGCGCGGUACUACAUUAUUAUUAUUUUUUUUUAUAGUGUCUGACCAAUUGAAAUUUUUUGCAACAACAAUGCAAUGAACGUGAAUAUAUAUAUACACGCUUCGUUUUUAAAUCCACGAAAAUAAUUUUAAUGUCAUAAGUUUAAAGUCAAUGGCUAAAUGUAAAAAUUUGUGAUAAUUUUUAUAAAUUUAAGCAACUAUUUUUGCAUAAAAUUACCAUUAAGUGUAAAUGAUAGUUUGUAUAUUUGAAUUAAAGUAAGCUAUGAAUAAAAUACCAUAUUUCAUUAUA